GCUGUCAUUGUCACAGGUGACUUUUAGGUUAUAUUUAUUUCAUUAUUAUUAUUUUAAACAAAAAAUAAAACGGGGAUUUUUUAAUAUUAUCACGUAAAUAUCAUAUCAGUUUUGUAAUAUGUGAGUAGAAAUCGUGCGAAGAAUUGUUGUUUUGCUUUAUUUUUUGUCGAACAAAUGUGGAAUUUUCAAAUUUUUGCGUUUCUGGUGCUUUUAAGCAUCCUAGAGUCUUCGAAAGCAGACAGAAACUGCACCGAGCUCAAAGAAAGAUUUGCAAGUGCUACAGCGGAGUUCAAUUCUUGUGCAAUACAAAAUUCCAGACCAGUAACAUUUUGUGAAAAUUGUGUUAAUGAUUAUAUAGAAAUAGUAGACAGUUAUAAUGAUAUGAAAGAGGUUUCAGACAAUGGAACUUAUUGCGUUGAUACACUUAUAAAUUUAGAUAGAUUACAAAUUGUCCAGACUUUAUAUACCAACAGCUACAAUUUGUGGAAUAACGCGAAAUGUUAUGAAUGUUUCCAAGUUGUUGAUGGGAAAUUAACACCAAAUAAAUCACUACAAACGAUAGCUUUUAAUAAAUAUUAUGAGACAUUUAUGCAGUGUAUUAAUCACAGCGUGAAUGAUACGACGUUGUGCCCUACUUGUAUAAAGGAUUAUUUAGAUUUAGAUAAUUACUACCGUAGCAUUAGUAAUGAAAAUGAGAAAAUUGGGGGAUGUAUGGAUAUGGUUGACUUAAUAAAUAACACCAGGCAAUUCUGGAGUCAAAAAUGCUGUAAAUAUCGCAGACGUGAUGAAUACAUAUUUUUAGCGUCAACAAUAACAGUUCUUAUAGUAACGUUACUGUUCUACGUCAUAGUACAAUUCUCUUCAGUGAGGAAGACACCAGCUAUAAUGCAACAAACUCGAUUUGCGGAGUCACUAAGCCACAACAGCCAUUCAUAAACCAAAGACCUUAGUCAUAAACCUUAUCGCAUAAAACAUUGGGAUUUCUAUGUUCACAAAUUGGACAUUCAUAUUUCGAA